AUGGACCGACGCCUUCCCGCGGCUGCCGAAGCAUCCGUCGUAGUGGUGGCGACUGCCGCGUCUGCGCAUGUGCCGCCGGCUGAUGCAACUGCCGUUACUCGCAGGGAAGCCCUGCAUGCAGCCGCCGCGGAAGCCACCAGAGGCUUCUCGUCAGCGGCAGUUGCCUCCGCUGCGAAUGCUGCCUCGGAGGCGGAGGAGGACACGCGUGAGCAGUCUGUCGAUACAGACGCUGGUGCUGCGGAGCUGGAAGCAGCGGCGCGAGCAGCAGUCAGUCUCGUUGCCGAAGAGCAAGGACGGCGUACUGCGCAGCUCAAGUCAAGCAGCACGAGUGGCAGCAGCAGUCACAGCAGCCACACUGGCACCAGCAGGACCAACAGCCGUAGCAGCAGCGGCGUGUUCAAGUGCACUCGCAUGCCUGCUACUCCAGCAGGAGCAGCGCCUGCCGCAGGGUACACUUGUAGUGACGCAGAAGCAAGCAGCGCGAACAGCGGAAGCACAGGCGUUGGAGCCAGCAGCAGCAGCGGCUUGCGAAGGAGCAGCAGCAACCUUAACCGCAGCUACAGCCGCAGUCUGGAGGAGGCGGCACAGAAGAUGACACAGGAAGUCGAAAUGGCUCUCGUUAACAGCAAGCCUCUUGCACAUGCGGUGUAUGCACACCCCAGCAGUGAGAGGAGCAGCACGGCCAGCUGCAUGACCAGCAGCAGCGCCAGCAGCCUUUGCGCGCAGCAGCAGCAACAACACAAGCAACAGCAGCAGCAACACAAGCAACAGCAGCAACAACAGGCGCCGCAGCGCCACACAGAUCUGUUCAAAAGGCACACCCUGCUGCAUCUGUUGUGGCAGCAGCAACAGCAGCAGCAAAUCACGCCGCAGCAGCUUCAAAGGCUGUCUAGGGCAGUGUGUGCUGCAGAUGCUGCACCAGCAGUAAGCACAUCUGAAACUCUGAAGCAUCCAGAUGUCGCAACGCCGGAAGAAGAUGCACUUGGAAAUCCCCUCUCGCUCACAACGCUUUCUCCCCCCAACCUGUGCUGCGGCACUUGCAACCGUGCAAGCAGCAGCACUGGCAGCGGAAAGGGUUGCACAGACAGCUGCGUGGCCGUCGAACUGCACCAAUUCGUCAUGAAACAGAGGCGCUGCGAUUACUUCAAUGGACUCAACCACUUUGUGUCGCUUCUCAUCGAUGCCAGCAACAUCCUGGCAGCGGAACCAGACCGAAGCAUAAGGCCAUCUCUGUUGUACGGCCUGUGCGAGAAUUUGAAUUCCUGGCUGCUGGCAAGGCGGCUGUUUGUCGCUGCGAAUGGAGGAGACUUUUCUCUAGCUGGUUUGACUGUACCGUUGGAGCAAAUAGGGGGGGAACUCUGGGUAGCGCGGCGUGAGCGUCUGAGGCGUAAAAGCCCUUAUGGCAAGCUCCGCUCCUGGGAUAUCAAGUGCAUUCUGGUGAAGGGCGGUGAUGACUUACGGCAGGAGCUGCUGGCGUCGCAGCUGGUGCGACAGUUCAAGGCAAUCUUUGAGGAAGCCCGAUUGCCUCUCUGGCUGAGACCGUACGAGAUUCUCGUCACUGGAUCCAACUCUGGCAUCAUGGAAUGCAUUCCAGACACCUGCUCCGUCGACCUCCUCAAAAAGAAACACGGAGUUGACUCGAUCGCAACGGUCUUUGACACGCUAUUUUCAGACAAUCCGUUUGAGGCCAAAAAGAACUUCAUAGAGAGUCAUGCGGCUUACUCCCUGGUGUCCUACUUGCUUCAAGUAAAAGACAGGCACAACGGCAACCUCCUGUUAGAUGCGGAAGGGCAUGUCAUUCACAUUGACUACGGAUUCUUGCUUUCCAAUUCCCCUGGAAAUAUUAAUUUCGAGACCGCACCCUUUAAGCUCACACAGGAGUUUUUGGACGUCAUGGAUGGGGAGACUUCAGAUAAUUACGAGUAUUUCCGCACUCUGAUCAUUCGCGGCUUUCUUGAGGCCCGAAAGCACGCAGAUAGGAUCAUCCUUAUGGUGGAAAUGAUGCUUUCAGCAACGAAAAUGCCGUGCUUUUCGGGGGGCCCGGAGUACACCCUGAGCGCCCUCAAGGAGAGGUUUAUGCUAGGGCUCGCUGAGGAUGCUUGUAUCGAGAGGGUGGUGGAGUUAAUUGAUAUCUCGGUUAACAAUUUCCGCACCGUCCACAAUAUGACAUUGGCAGCAUCAGUAGAGCCGCCUAUACGCGACCAGUCCUUCCGCCCUCCCCCAGCAUGCUUUGGCCUGGGGCAGCUUACGCGGCACAAUGUAUUGAUGCUCAAAGAGCUAAACCUCGCCACAAUUCCCGUGGUAUAUGGAGAGGAGUACUAUGACUAUCUCAUCGUCCACCCGACCUUCUGCAGACUUGCCUACCUUGGGGAUGUUAUGGUGGGGGGCAUCACUUGUCGCGUCGAAACCAAUCCAGAUGGCGUAAAGCAGCUGUACAUCAUGACACUCUCUGUGCUCAAGCCAUACCGCCGUCACGGCAUCGGUGAGCUACCACGAAUCGAUAGCUUGACCCUUCCUUUCAAUUAUCAUAUUUCCAGCUGCUUAGAUUCACAGAAUAACGCUCUGCAAUGCGCCCUGCAAGGAGCUAGGAACCACGAGUCGAAAGAUUGUUGUGCGAGACGUUUUUAUGAGAAAAGAGGAUUUAAAUCUGUGAGCAGAGAAGAAAAUCAUUAUCCAGACAUGGAGCCCCCCCAUGCGGUGUACAUGCAGUGCCAGUUGCCCUGGGCCUUCAAGGGGGCCGUCCCUCUUGUUAUGCCAGAUUUCGACGCCACAAAACACAAUCUGUCGCAGUUCAAGCAGCCAGACCAUAAAUAA